AAGCCAUCUACUCAAGUCCCAGCCCAGUUACUUGGGAGUCAGCUGCGAGCCAGAAAACUCACGCACCCUCUCCCCACUCCCCCUGCAGCAGAGAGCGUUUCAUUUUCGCACGGACGCAGCGCCGAGCGACAGUCGCCGCUUGCGGAAUCGAAGUGCAGCGAUUACACGUUGUAAAGGCACAGAGAGCGAUUGCGUCUGGGAUGGGAGCUAUUGAACGACCGCCGGAUCUGAGAGUUCCCAGCACGGCUUAGUUACUAAGGAGAACCUCGCUGAUCGGGCGUGCAGAGUGGAAUCUGGUACUCCUCGCUAUUUUGCCAAGGAAAUUAAACAUCAUCUCUGGAGAUUUUUUGAAAGUCACAGCGAAGCUUCAGAGGCUCUUGGAUUGAUUUGUUCUACAGCCGUUUCUUCGUUGACAUUUUGGAGUAACAGAGUUGAGGUUCCUGUGAACGUGCCUAUCCGCAGUGUCAAUGCGACUGCGGCUGUGAAGUGAAAUCUGCAGCGAUAACAGGUACAUGAUGUCCUCUACCAUAAGAGCAGCCUGAGCACGGAUUGGCUGAGAGCACCCCACUGACGUUCCUCCCACAGACACCAGGAAAAUGGCACCCAGUAUGAGGAAAUGGACUUGUGUGAUCUUCUCUUGUUGUCUCUCUAUGCUGCUGGUCCCUCUUGCAGCCUCCAGACCUCAGCAGCCCUCUGCAGCCUCUGCCAUAGAUGAACAUUACCACACGUUCCACGCGGAGAAUCCCGAAUGGACCUUCAACCACUUGGCUGUGGACCACCGCAAUGGGAACGUUUACCUGGGCGCGGUCAACCGCAUCUACAAACUCUCACCUGAUCUGGAUGUACAGGUGUCCCACCAGACAGGUCCCGACGAGGACAACCGCAAGUGCUACCCGCCCCGCAUUGUACAGCCUUGCAGUGAGCCACUCACACUCACCAACAAUGUCAACAAAAUGCUGCUGAUGGACUACAGGGAGAACCGACUGUUGGCCUGCGGCAGUCUCUACCAAGGAAUCUGCAAACUGCUGCGCUUGGACGACCUGUUCAAGCUUGGUGAACCCUUCCACAAAAAAGAACACUACCUCUCUGGUGUCAACGAGAGCGGCUCCGUCUUUGGCGUGAUCGUGUCUUACGGGGACGCCUCGCCGGACAAGCUGUUUGUUGCCACCGCGGUGGACGGUAAACCCGAGUACUUCCCCACCAUCUCCUCACGCAAGCUAGCGCGCAACUCGGAAGAGGACGGCAUGUUUGCCUAUGUCUUCCACGACGAAUUUGUGGCAUCUAUGAUUAAGAUCCCUUCAGAUACCUUCACUGUGGUGCCAGACUUUGACAUCUACUACGUUUACGGCUUCGCUAGUGGCAACUUUGUGUACUUCCUCACGCUGCAGCCGGAGAUGGGCAACGGUCCGGUCGCCGGCUCGUCGGCCGCGGGGAGAGAACAGGUGUACACUUCCAAAUUAGUAAGACUCUGCAAAGAUGACACGGCCUUUAACUCUUAUGUGGAGGUGCCGUUGGGCUGUGUGAAAGGAGGCAUAGAGUAUCGCCUCCUGCAGGCGGCAUACCUCUCCAAGGCAGGCACCAUUUUAUCACGCUCUCUCGGCGUGGGGCCAGACGAUGAUGUGCUUUAUGCCAUCUUCUCCAAAGGCCAGAAACGACACCCCAGGGAGUCAUCACAGGAGUCGGCGGUGUGUGUCUUUGCCCUGCGUGAGAUCAAUGAGCGUAUUAAGGACAGGUUGCAGUCCUGCUACAGAGGAGAAGGGACCCUCGACCUGGCCUGGCUCAAAGUCAAAGACAUUCCCUGCAGCAGUGCGCUCCUCACCAUCGAUGACAACUUCUGUGGCCUGGACAUGAACGCUCCUCUUGGUGUGUCUGAGAUGGUCCGUGGUAUCCCUCUGUUUUCUGAGUCCUCUGACAAGAUGACCUCCAUCAUUGCCUAUGUCUACAAGAACCACUCUCUGGCCUUCGUGGGCACGAAGAAUGGCCGUCUCAAAAAGAUCCGGGUGGAUGGCUCUUCCCAUGGUGCUUUGCAGUAUGAGACGGUACAGGUGGUGGAGAAAGGUCCAAUCCUGCGAGACAUGGCCUUCUCUGCAGAUCAGCAUUUUCUCUACGUCAUGUCAGAAACACAGCUGACACGGGUCCCAGUGGAGACGUGUGAACAGUACUCGUCCUGCAGUAAGUGCCUGGGUUCAGGAGAUCCUCACUGUGGUUGGUGCGUUCUCCACAGCAUGUGCACCAGGAAGGAGAGAUGCGAGCGUUCGUGGGAACCCAGACGUUUUGCUUCGGACAUUAAGCAAUGUGUCCGUCUCAGCGUACACCCCAACAACAUCUCUGUGUCUCAGUACAGUGUCAUGCUCAUCUUGGAGGCUCAUAAUGUUCCAGAGCUUUCCGCGGGAGUGAACUGCACAUUUGAGGACCUUGUUGAGAUGGACGGACUGGUCGAAGGCAAUCGCAUCAAGUGCAGCUCUCCUGCAGAGAAGGAAGUCCCACGUAUCGUCAUUGACCAAGGUGAUCACCAGAUUGUGCAGUUAUACCUCAAGUCUAAGGAGACAGGCCUUGCCUUUGCCAACACCAGUUUUGUUUUCUAUAACUGCAGCGUCCACAAGUCUUGUUUGUCCUGUGUUGGUAGCCCAUAUCAGUGUCACUGGUGUAAAUACAGACACACCUGCACUCAUGAUCCACGCAGUUGCUCCUUCCAAGAGGGUCGAGUCAAGCAGCCAGAGGAAUGUCCGCAUCUGCUCAAGGCCGAACGGAUCCUGGUUCCUGUGAACGUGGUAAAGCCAAUCACCCUUCGGGCCAAGAACCUGCCCCAGCCCCAGUCGGGCCAGCGUGGCUAUGAGUGUGUCCUCAACAUCCAGGGUGUAGAGCAGAGAGUGCCCGCCUUGCGCUUCAACAGCUCCAGCGUCCAGUGUCAGAACACCUCCUACUCAUAUGAUGGGAUGGAGAUGAGCAGUCUCCCUGUGGAUCUGACGGUCAUCUGGAACGGCGACUUCAGCAUCGACAACCCGGCUGAAAACAAAGUUCACCUGUACAAAUGCGAGGCCAGGCGGGAAAGCUGCGGGCUGUGCCUGAAGGCAGACCCACUGUUUGGAUGUGUCUGGUGUAAGGGAGAGAACCGCUGUACCCUCAAACAGCACUGCCCCCACCCAGAGAGCAUGUGGCUGGAACACAACGGACUCAACAGCAAGUGCACCCACCCAAAGAUCACUACGAUUACCCCGCUCCGAGGCCCGCGAGAGGGGGGCACGCUUGUCACCAUCCGUGGAGAAAACCUGGGGUUGGAGUUCCAUGAGAUCCAAGGCAAUGUACGUGUGGCGGAUGUGGAGUGUACACCUGUGCCGGAGGGCUACAUCCCCGCAGAACAGAUUGUGUGUGAAAUGGGGAAAGCAGCGAUAAGCCAAUACGCCGGGAACGUCCAGGUGUGUGUUGGCGUGUGUCAUCCGGAGUUCAUGGCCAAAUCAUACAAGUAUUACUACUUUGUGAACCCCCGACUGCUUGCCCUCAAGCCCAGCAGAGGGCCUGUGUCUGGGGGAACCAUCAUCAACAUAACAGGAGCUAACCUGGAUGCUGGAAGUAAUGUGUCCAUUAUGUUCAAGGACCAAAAGUGCACCUACCAAAGGCGAGGCGGGCAGUGGAUAACGUGCAGAACCCACGCCUCCCUCCGUGGCACCGGUCGCGUCACCGUGUCUGUGAGUGUGGACAGGGCUCAUCUCAGCCAGGACCUUGAGUUUGAGUAUGUGGAGGACCCCACCAUCGUUAAACUUGAGCCCGAAUGGAGCAUUUUCAGUGGGAACACACCAGUGACAGUGACAGGAACCAACCUGGACAUUAUCCAGAGUCCCCUCAUCAGAGCCAAGUACAACAAUCUGGAAACGGUCAACACGUGCCAGGUGUUGAGCGCCACCACCAUGCUGUGCCAGGCCCCUGAACUGCCCAUCAGCCUCAGUAGGCAGGAGGAGGUGGUGGAGAGACCAGAUGAAUUUGGCUUCAUCCUGGAUGAUGUCCAGUCAGUGCUGGCCCUCAACAACACCAACUUCCUCUACUACCCCAACCCUGUGUUUGAGCCACUCAGCGUGUCUGGUGUGCUGGAGCUGAAGCCAGGUUCUCCCAUAAUACUGAAGGGCAGGAACUUCCUCCCUCCUACUCCGGGUGGCAACGGCAAGCUGAACUACACCGUUCUGAUUGGAGAGAAGCCCUGUACGUUAACCGUGUCUGACACCCAACUGCUGUGCGAAGCGCCCACCCUGACGGGACGACACAAAGUCCUGGCUCGAGUAGGUGGGAUAGAGUUCUCUCCCGGCGUCGUCCACAUCACCUCUGACAGUCCUCUAAGCAGCACGGCCAUCAUCGGAAUCGCCGGGGCCGGCGGCCUCCUCAUCCUCUUCAUCGUCAUCGUGCUCAUUGCCUACAAACGCAAAUCCAGAGAGAGUGACCUCACACUCAAACGCCUCCAAAUGCAGAUGGAUAACCUGGAGUCUCGGGUAGCGCUGGAGUGUAAAGAGGCGUUUGCUGAGUUGCAGACUGACAUUCAUGAGCUGACCAGUGACCUGGAUGGAGCGGGGAUCCCAUUUCUGGACUACAGGACAUACACCAUGCGAGUUCUCUUCCCUGGCAUUGAGGAACACCCUGUGCUAAGAGACCUGGAGGUCCCAGGCUACAGACAGGAGCAGGUAGAGAAAGGCCUGAAGCUGUUUGGUCUUCUCAUCAACAACAAGGUCUUCCUCCUCUCCUUCAUCCGCACCCUCGAAUCUCAGCGCGGCUUCUCCAUGCGUGACCGUGGCAACGUGGCCUCUCUCAUCAUGACCGUGCUUCAGAGUAAACUGGAGUACGCCACCGAUGUUCUCAAACACCUUCUCUCGGACCUCAUCGACAAGAACCUGGAGAGCAAGAACCACCCCAAACUGCUGCUGCGCAGGACGGAGUCUGUAGCUGAGAAAAUGCUGACAAACUGGUUCACUUUUCUGCUCUACAAGUUUCUAAAGGAGUGUGCUGGAGAGCCUCUGUUUUCUCUCUUCUGCGCUAUCAAGCAGCAGAUGGAGAAAGGCCCCAUCGACUCCAUCACAGGCGAGGCUCGCUAUUCACUCAGCGAGGACAAGCUCAUCAGACAGCAAAUCGACUACAAGACACUGGUGGUGAACUGCAUCCACCCUGAUAAUGAGAAGAGUCCAGAGAUACAAGUGAAGGUGUUGAACUGUGAUACCAUCAGCCAAGUGAAGGAGAAACUGCUGGAUGCCAUCUAUAAGAACGUACCAUAUUCUCACCGACAGAAAGCCUCAGACAUGGACCUGGAGUGGCGUCAGGGAAGAGGGGCCCGUGUCAUUCUCCAGGACGAGGAUGUCACCACUAAAAUAGAGGGAGAUUGGAAGAGACUUAACAUGCUGGCUCACUAUCAGGUGCCUGAUAACGCGGUGGUGGCUCUGGUGCCAAAGCAGGUCACAGCCUACAACUCCGUCAACAACUCGACUGUCUCCAGAACUUCUGCCAGCAAAUAUGAAAACAUGAUCAAGUACACAGGCAGCCCGGACAGCCUGCGCUCUCGCACGCCCAUGAUCACACCGGACCUGGAGAGCGGGGUCAAAGUUUGGCAUCUGGUCAAGAACCACGAGCACGGCGACCAGAAAGAGGGUGACCGCGGCAGCAAGAUGGUCUCUGAGAUCUACCUGACCAGACUCCUCGCCACAAAGGGCACGCUGCAGAAGUUUGUGGACGACCUGUUCGAGACCAUCUUUAGUACGGCACACAGAGGAAGUGCCCUGCCUCUGGCCAUCAAAUACAUGUUUGACUUCCUGGACGAGCAGGCUGACAAGCACAGCAUUCAUGACCCGCACGUCAGACACACAUGGAAGAGCAACUGCCUACCUCUGCGUUUCUGGGUGAAUGUGAUUAAGAACCCCCAGUUUGUGUUCGACAUCCAUAAGAGCAGCAUCACAGAUGCCUGCCUGUCUGUGGUGGCUCAGACCUUCAUGGACUCCUGCUCCACAUCUGAACAUCGCUUGGGCAAAGACUCGCCCUCCAACAAGCUUCUCUAUGCCAAGGACAUCCCCAGCUACAAGAGCUGGGUAGAGAGAUACUACUCGGACAUUAGUAAAAUGCCUGCCAUCAGUGAUCAGGACAUGAACGCAUAUCUGGCUGAGCAGUCCCGCAUGCACAUGAAUGAGUUCAACACCAUGAGCUCCCUCAGUGAGAUCUAUUCCUACGUGGGCAAAUACGCUGAGGAGAUUGUGUGUGCACUGGAGCAGGACGAUGCAGCCAGAAAACAAAGACUGGCCAUGAAGCUGGAGCAGGUGAUCGCUCUCAUGACCUUGGAGAGCUGAGGACCGCAUUACCCAGAGUGCAUUGGGAGAGUCCGUCACAAACCGAGCCGUGCCUGAGCGAGGACCUGUCCAUCUAUCUCAUCACUUCCUUUAUUUUCCCACAAGCCUUUGCGUCACAUUAGCUCUGCUUCCUAGAAGAGUAGGGAUGGAGAAUGGUGGAGCUGAAGAUUACUUUUUCUCUCAGUGUCGUAAAAAUGGUUGACUCCCCACUCUGCUGCAUUUGGGGAAGGGUGUUCGCUUCAUAGGUGAAAUUUUCAAUUCCCUGCACAAAGGAAAGAACUGUUACAUUUAUGUUGCCUUCAAAAUAUCGCUGAUAGCAAAGUUGUUCAAACCACAAAGUUGGGUGUCAAUUUAUUCUGACUUUCAUGAUUAGAAUAGUGUAUGAUGCUAUUAUAGAGUCCAGUUAAUUGUAGUACUUUAUUAAACAUUGAGACACAAAGUAACAGAGAGACAGCGAGAGCGAUACAGUAUGUUUAUGGGGACCACAGACCGAAUGGCUAGUUCUGAAGAGUUCUAUGAUGGUUACAAAAACCAUCUGAGUUACCUUAAAACUGUAUUUGAGUGAGUCCGUUUAUGAGUAAAAGUGAAGAUGUUCCAUUUUCACUCGAUAGCAGGUGAGGAUCCAAAAGACUUUUCAGCCUGUUGAAGAGAGCAAGUGCUUCUUGACUUUCGCACUCCAUCUGGGACACUGACUGACUGCCUUGUGAGUGGUAGAAAGAGUCCCCUUGUGGCAUAACUUAAAAGUUUUUCAUUCACGUCCCAGAAGAGAGAGAUUUUCUUUCAGCUCCUCUUAAACAACCUCUUGCUUCUGCACACUGCACUCAAAUGAGCCCCUAGAUAAAAUGAGGUGAGAAAACCCAGGGAUGAAUACUUCAGACAUAAGCACACAGACAGACACACACAGACACGGAAAACUCAAAACUACAGCCAGCACAGGUACUCCCCUUCCUCUUUGUUCAGUUGACUGGCUGUUUCGGCCUGCUCUCCUUUGAGAGAGAGAGAGCCGGGCGUCUUUCCCUCUCUGCAGUCUAACGAUAAGCACAUUCUAUAGCUGUCUCAGAUUAAACAACCUCUAAAAGGAACUACAAUACCGGAAUGCCCAAACUAAAAAUUGAUGAUGAACUACAGAUAUUGGUUUAAAUUAGGGAUCAUAUUUCUAAAGAGAACUGCCACAAAGACUACCUUGAUUACACUGGACCUUCCAUAAGACUGUAGAAGAUCAACAAGUGAACAAAGUUGGCGCAUAAAAAUACCAAAGGAGCCCAAUGUUUUUUUUUUUUGUU